AUGGCGGAGGACGAGAGCUCGAAGAAGCGAAGGCUGGACAUCAAUUGGGAAGAAUUUAAUCGCCAGACCGACGAUAUGUAUUUGAUGCCAGAAGUCGUCCGGCCGAAGAGGGGCAGUCACACUGAUGAUCAGAACCCCCGCCAACAGUGCACCCCCUCGCCGCCGAAUUCUGCCUCUGAAGACGGCGAUCACGGGUGCACCUUGAGGGCGGAGUGCGCUAAGCUGCCUGACGGGAAGCUGGAGGAGGCGAUUGCGAGUAAGAGGAGGAAUCUGGCGAAUGUUGGUAGUAAAUUGCGAGACGGAGGGGGGAAACUCCUGUUUGCCAUUGCAAUCUAUGAAGAGGAGCGAGAGAGGAGAAAAUCGGGCAAGGCAGCUAUGGCUGUUGGUGAAUCUAAGCAAUCCAUACAGUCGGCAAAUACAAGUACAAAUGGUGCUCCAGGUGGCAGUAAAGAGAUGGCAUCUUCUGAAAUUCAUUCACAAUCGCGUUUUGGCUCUCUUUUCAGUAAAAAGAUGGAAGAUAAAAUCAUAAGGCUGCCAAGGCAUUUGAUAGAGAACUAUCUACUCUGCGUCCUUGUAGCCCUCCGAAAGGGAAACUCAAUGAGGGUUUGUCACAAAAUGGAAGGCGGAAAAAUGGAUCAUCAAAAAGACGAGGUUCUCAAUCUUCUGUUGGUUGGAAGGACAAGGGAAUUUCCUCUGAUUCCUUCUACUCUAAAGGGCAAAGUGCAUCUAGACAUUUUUCUAAUGGUGCUUUUGGUAGAAAAGAGGAAUCUCCAGUCUCGCCUUUAUAUAGUCUCAGACCUAGAAAGGCAAAGGGAGACUGUGGUUCUUUUGGAUGAUGAUGAUGAUGAGGUUCUGGAGACACUAGAUUGUGCAAAUGAAACACGUGAUGAAUGCCUGAAAGAUGCUAAAAUCUACUACCCGUCUAGGGAUGAUCCAGAAUGUGUUGAAAUCUGUUUCCAGGAUAUAGACUGUCUGGCUCCUGAAAGUUUCUUGACAUCACCUAUCAUGAACUUUUACGUACGGUACCAAGAGAUGCAGGCUUCUCCAUCACAAAAGGCUACUUGUGAUUAUCACAUAUUUAAUACAUUCUUCUACAACAAGCUUAAACAGCAGUUGUCACGAAAGGGAGGUGAAAAGGAAUCCCUCUUUGUCAAGUUUAGAAGAUGGUGGAAGGGUGUGAACUUAUUUGAGAAGGCAUACAUACUGAUUCCUAUACACGAAGAUCUACACUGGAGCUUGGUGAUCAUCUGUUUCCCAGAGAAGAAGGACAACAGAUCAGGACCAAUGUUGCUUCAUUUGGACUCAUUAAAGCUCCACUAUAGCAGAGUUGUUUUGGAGGAUAUAACUAGCUUUUUGAGAGAAGAAUGGCAAUAUUUACAUCAAGAAGUUGCUCGUCAGUCAGAUGUUGAGAUCUCUGACAAAAUAUGGAAGCGUCUUCAUAACAUUUCUUCAAGAAGAAUCGAGGUUCCACAACAGAAAAAUGAUUAUGAUUGCGGUAUCUUUGUACUUUAUUUCAUGGAGCGCUUCAUUGACGAAGCCCCGGAGAGGCUGAAAGAAGUGGAUCUGGACAUGUUCGGCAAGCAAUGGUUCAAACCUGAAGAGGCAUCUCGCUUGAGAAAGAAAAUAAGAGAUUUGCUCAAGACCGAGUUUCGUAAAUUAAGAAAGCGCAGCAUUGCUUGCGAAUCAUUGGCUGUCCCUUCCGGAGGAUCAACUUCAGCAGAAAACAGUAAUUCAACUGAGUCGUCCUGA